AUGCGGACCAUGAAGGGGAGCAGCUGGAUGCGGUUCGGCCCGGCGGGUCGGGGGAGUUACGACUGGGUGACCGGAUCCCCGUCACCACCGCCCCUGGAGAAACAGCUACAGGGAUACCACUGGAAUGAGCUGUCCAACAACGACGACUCCAGGUCGGAGAUGAUCCUUUACGUCGCCCUGUCAGCCACCACCCUGCUCGCGCUGUGUGUAUUGGCCUUCGUGCUUCAUCGCAGGUGCACGCGGAGGAAGCUCAGCCUCGCCAACGUCAUCGCGCUGGACUUUCAAGACAACGAAAGCGGCGUGGAGAUCCUUUCCUCCUUGACGGGGAAGAGCGAGAGACAUCUAAGCACCAGCUCCGACGUGUCCGAGGGGGUCUUUCUCAUGGUGUAUUUGCCGCCGCCCUACGAGGAGACGCUCACCAAGAUCACCCGCGCGGCCAGCCUCACGAGCUCCAAGGACGUGGAGUCCAUGAAGUCCAUGAAGAUGGAAGACCUCGAGGCCAAGCUUUGCCCGGAACUCAAAUCAAGCGGACGGUUCGUGUGACAAACUGAGGCUGACACACAAAAAGGCCGAGGGGCUAAGCAACUUCUUGAAAUGAGAUUAUGACCAAUCGCCGUUCAUUUUAUUUUUUCAUUCAUCAUUGCGUUUUACAGAUUAAUGACCACCCGUCGUUAAGAUAUGUUUAAUGUAAACAAAUGAAGAACAUGCUGUGCUUGACGUAAGAGUUUUUCUCACUUCUGUAGGCCUACAUGUAUGGCGCCCUGUCUGGAAACCCGCACAACUAACUUUGGAGACCUUGUAGGGCAGCAAAGCAACCAGUAGAUGUCGCUCUUGUUGUUGGAAUCGCUGGAAAACUCAC